UUGUCUGGCAGGCAGUUUCAUACAGUACUGGGCCCAUCAGGUAGAACGUGUUUCCUUCGUCAAGGAUCUGCGUGGCUGUCGCCACGCGCACGCGGGAGACUUUCAGCGGUCCGACAGCGCGGUCACGUCGCCAUAGCGCACAUCCCACGUCAAAGGAAUGGACAGAGUCGAGUUGAUUAGAGCCGCAUCAACGUCCGAGGGCAUAUCUCACGGACCUUCGAUCCCGCGGCUUCCUGUGGAGGUCUGUGAACGGAUUGUCGACCACGUCGCGAUGGGGUUGAAUAUCCAGUAUCGAAUCAUAAAGGGCGAGCCACAUCUGACCACUCUCACAUCCUGCGCCCUUGUAUGCCAAGACUGGUACUUCCUGACGUGGUACCAUCUUCGUCAACGCAUCCAUCUGCGAGACCGGAAGGACGUCCUUUCGCUCUCCAAGACACUCCGCGCAAAACCUCGCCUCCGUGAGGUCAUUCAACAGGUCAUCAUUUUGGGUGCUUCUCCCGGGGAGCGUCAACCGAUCCGGCACCUGGGGACGUUUGCCGCUAUGCUCGCGGGCAAGGUUCCGAUGUUGUGGAGGAUCACCAUUGAAGAUGCUGAGUGGACCAUCGGCUUGGUCCGAAGGGAGGACAUCGGCUUCCUUGGGGUGUUGAGUUACAUCAACACUGUACGCAUCUCCAAUGUCACCUUGUCGAGUGUCGCCCAGCUGUCCCACCUCGUUUCAGCACUCCCACGGCUUAGGAAGAUAUGGUGCAUCUAUGUUGACUGCGUGCAGAAACAGCGCGUCUCCCCGGCCUCUCUCCCACUGAACUGUGCAAAUCUGGACGAUCUACAAGUGCGACGGGUUGCACCAGCAGUCGAAGACCUCUUCGUGCAGAUCAGCCGGGCUUCUCGAAAGCCAGACUUUGCUGGACGCGAGUUCCACAUCUGCAGAAACGGUUGUGCUCAAUAUCGAUCACAGACCUGCUGUUCGUGAUGGUGCAAUUGAUGCCACAGUCGGAAACGACAUUACAACCUUUCACACCACGAACAACUGUGGAAGUUGGAGAUCCGGCUGUACUACCCCUUUGCAGAGUGGCCCUGGAUCCCGCACAUCCUGUCUCGCAUCGUCUCGAAACACUUCCAAGCUAUGGGUGUUAUGUUAUGGCUUCGGACAGAC